ACAAGAGAGGACGAGAGAGAGCGAAGGGGACCAGAGAGAACGAGAGGGAGAUGUCGUUCGAUCUCGUGUUGAAGCCGGCGUGCGAGGGCUGUGGAUCGUCGUCGGAACUCUAUGGUAGCACUUGCAAGCACACCACGCUCUGCCUCCCCUGCGGCAAGUCUAUGGCGCAGAAUCGCGUUCGCUGUCACCUCUGUGGCACCCCAGUCACCAAAUUGAUCCGGGAGUACAAUGUCCGAUCGAGUGUCAAUACAGACAAAGCAUUUUAUAUUGGAAGAUUUGUUACUGGAUUGCCGCCGUUCUCAAAGAAGAAGAGUGCUGAGAAUAAGUGGUCGCUUCACAGGGAUACGCCGCAAGGGCGGGAGAAGUACAAGAAUAAACCUUGGAUUUUGGAGGAUGAGACUGGUCAGCAUCAGUUUCAAGGACAGCUAGAGGGUGCACAGUCUGCGACAUAUUACCUUCUAAUGUUACAUGGGAAGGAGUUUACAGCUUUGCCUGCUGGUUCCUGGUAUAACUUCAAUAAAAUUGCACAAUAUAAGCAAUUGACACUUGAAGAGGCUGAGGAGAAGAUGAGCAAAAGGAAGCACAAUGCAACUGGAUAUGAAAGGUGGAUGAUGAAAACAGCGACUAAUGGUGCUGCUGCUUUUGGUGAAGCAAGAAAAGCUGAGCUCAUGGCUAGUGGUGGGUCAGAUGGUGGUCGUCCUAAGAAAGUAAAAAGUAAUGACGAUGGAAACCAUUCUGAUAAGGGUGAGGAAGAUGAGGAGCAAGAAGAGGCAAGGAAAAAUAGGCUUGGGCUUAACAAAAAGGAUAUAGAUGAUGAUGAAGAUAAUGCAAAAGGAGGUGAUCUUGAUCUUGAUGAUGAUGAUCCUGAAAAAGGUGAUGACUGGGAACAUGAAGAGAUUUUCACUGAUGAUGAUGAAGCUGUGGGCAACAAUCCAGAGGAGCGAGAAGAUUUGGCUCCUGAGAUUCCUGCGCCUCCUGAAAUCAAACAGGAUGAUGAAGAUGAGGCUGAGGAAGAGGAAGGGGGACUGAGCAAGUCUGGAAAGGAACUGAAGAAACUGCUUGGAAAAGCGAAUGGGCUAAAUGAACCAGAUGGCGAUGAUGAUGACGAUGAUGGCGAUGGUAAUGAUGAGACUGGCUCAUCACCUGUACUUGCUCCUAAACUGAAGGAUGGGCCUAAAGAUGAGCCUGCUGAUAACAGUCCAUCAAAAUCAGCACCUAAUGGAUCUACCAAAAGCACACCUCCUUCAUCAAAGUCUGCAAAGACGAAAAGAAAGCCUGGAAGUGAUGAUGCCAAAUCUUCAAAUGGAGCACCUUCCAAGAAGAUGAAGACAGAAAAUGAAACAAGACCUACGUCUGAAGAGACUCCAACUAAGACUAGUGGUACAACCAAAGGUUCUGCUUUGUCUUCAAGAACUGGUGCAGCACCAGCCCCAUCAACUGCUCCAGUAACAGAGGAGGAAAUAAGGAGCGUCCUUCUGGCAAUGGCUCCAGUAACCACACAAGACUUGGUUGCUAAGUUUAAGGCGAGGCUAAAAUCUCAAGAGGAUAAAUCAGCAUUUGCAGAAAUUCUGCGCAGAAUUUCGAAAAUACAGAAGACAAAUGGUCACAGCUAUGUUGUGUUGAGGGAGAAAUAAAACAAGAUGUUUGUGUUGAGACAUUGAAUAUAUAAUCUUGACAAGCUUUUUCACCUGCACUUGUAUAAUUUUUGUGCUUUUUUUUUUUCAUGAAUUGAAACUUUUGUACUUUGCUUAUCAGACUUCAUCUAUUCUAUAUGAUAAUCUCAGCUUUGGUUGUGGUUA